AGCUAAACAAAGACACCAGCAAGUCCUAGAUUACACACAGCAAAUCGAUGAGAUCUGGCGUGAAAUGAGAUGGAUCAAUGAAGCACUACAAUACGCACGGUACAGACAGCCGCCUGCCGGCUUGCCGGUAGCGAAAAUUGUGGAUCUGUCAGAAGAACCCAUCCAAAAGAAGAUAAGUUCAACAUCGUCUCACCUCGAUUGUCUUCCAUCCCCGCCACCCUCGCCAGAGAUGGAGACCCACCGGAGAAAAGUCUUGAGCGACUCCCAGCCGUACUCGGACGAAGAAGGCUGCUCGGAAGUUUUCCUUCCAACCGACAGCGACUAUGACUCUAGCGAUGCUUUGAGCCCGAGGGAGCUGGAUUUGGUCUAUUCGUCCUCGCAGGACAUAUCCCACCAGGCCGUGAGCUGCCUGAGCGGCAGCGCGCCGGACGUUCUCCAGAUCCACGACAUCAAGCCUUGCUUGACUCCCAAACAGAACUUGAGAGGGGGCGAUACCUUGGAGGCUGACAUCGAUCAGUCUAAGGAGCACCUGCAAAGCCUGUCGCUGGGAGGAGGGCUUUCCCCAAAAUGCACAGAAAAGUCAGCCGGCUUGAGGCAACCCUUGAGCUUCUUGGGCAAGAAGAAACACGGAAAGCAUCAGCACUCCAGCUACUUCAGCAGGCACCAUCGCUGGCUGCGCGUUCACAGCGAGAGCCAGUCCAUCUCCCUCUCCGAAGGUCUGUAUACUCCACAUCUCACACGAGCUAUGGAGUUCUCGCAAGAGCCUACCUCUGGCAGCGAGCAGAUAAGCAUCUCCAUCGACUGUCCACGCAGCACGUUCUUACCUCACGCUACGAGCCUCCCGGAAGAAGGCAAAGGCAAAUACCAGGAACUGAGGCCAAGCAUCCGCAGGAUAUAUGUGGAGUCGUACGGCACCGGCGAGGAUGGUAAAUCCUGGGCGCUAGGCAGCCGGCCGGUGGAACAUGAAGAUUUGCACAUUUCCACAGGCCAGCGAAUGGUUCCAGAAGAUCAGUCCAGUUCCAACACAGCUGAGGUAUACAGCAGCGAUCUUUAAGGCUGCGCAGUGGCUCUGUUCCCCUUCAGUACUGCCUUCAGGAUGUGAUCGCAAUUAUUGCAAAUGGAGGAAGAGAGAGGUCUCUCUUCAAAGCAACCUUUGCAUUCUCGUCUUUGCCAGGUGCAGUUCAGCGUUGCCAUGCAUUUCUGAGGUGCAGCAUGAAAAAUGGGUUUGUCUCUUGGAAACAUGCAUGCCUGUGC